AAAUCAUGGUCUUCUUGUCUUGAAUAAAUCUAGAAAUCAAACAGUUGUACAUAAAAAGCUUGUUUCUUAUUGCAUUUAUUAAUUUAUGCACACAAAGAUUUUAAAAUCCUUGCAUGCACAUGCAACUCCCACUAUCCUAUAUAAAGGCCCCUCACACUGCAUGUGAUCAUUAGGCCAAGAAAGAAAAAACAAAACCCCCCUCAAACCUCAAAAUCUGAUGGCUUCUUCAAUGGCAUGCAGCUUGAACAUGUUGAAGAACGAACAAAAUCCAAGAAUCUCAUUCUCGAACGACUUCGGUGAUUCUAAGCAGCUCGAAAACAGCUACCGGGAGGCUCCGGUGUCGGCCGAUUUUGAGUUCUCGGCGCCUAGCUACACCAUGAUCGCCGCCGAUGAGAUUUUCUCCAAGGGGAAGAUUCUCCCCUUGAAGGAGAACUGCAACACAUUGCGCGAUGAGCUGCUCUCCGGCGACGACGAUUUCGAGGGGCUGCCGGCGAAGGGGGCUAGCCGGUGGAGGGAGAGGUUGGGGCUCAAGAGAUUUAAUGCUGUUGGGCCUAAGAAAUCUGGUGGUGGUAAGAGUUUGGGAAGCAUAGAUGAGCUCAAGAUUCAAGACAUCAUUCAUCAUCAUGAGGCUGCUCAUAGUUAUUCUAUUUUUGAUUUCAAAGCUUAAUUACAACACAAUUCAAUUGUGUGUAAAGUUUAGUUUUUGCUCAUCUUAAUUUGUGAUGCACAUUUUUCAAAUCAUUGUUUUUUUUUUUGUGUGUGUCAGUCAAUGGUAGUGGGGAUUAUUAAUGUGGUGAUUGGUGUAAAGAGAUAUUAUUAAGGAUGUAUGAAUAUGAUGAUCUGUGUGUAGACAA